GUGAGAAGGAAAGGACGCGAAGGGUGGUGUGUCACACUGGCGCGUCCGCCGUCGAUUGAUACAUCCACGAGGGAGAUGUGAUGCGGCUCACACGAUGGUGGACAACGAGUUCCCGGCCGCCGAGAAGAUCCUCCGCGACAUCGAGAACACCGUCCGGAGGAAUCCCACCAUAAGGAGCUUUGUGAUCCUGCCUAUGGAGGACAGCGAGAACCGGUCGCCGGUGUUUCAUCAGGAGGACAGCUUGGGCCUGGCAUCGUGGUGCGUUCAACCUCUUUACGUGUAUACGUAUCGCCGGUUGCUGGAGUAUCGGCGGACGCGUCAUCAACGACGCGAGGAACCCAGUACUGUGGCGAGAUGGCUGCUGGGCGCCCUUCUGUUCAAUCCGAGCGUGACCAUGUUCUGGAAUAUGCGGCGAGAACUGGUGCGCGCUGGCAGGUUGGACCCGCGCGACGAGCUGUCCUUCACACGGCCGGUGCUCUAUCAUACGCCAAAGUGCUUCGAGGCUUUCUCGUAUCGAAGCUGGCUGAUGCCGUUCGUCCUGGACGCAGAGCGGACCGACGUUGCCGAAGCACUCGCGAACGACGAGCUCGAACUCGUGCAGACCUGCGCCGAUCGCUACGCGAACAACUACCACGCGUGGAGCUAUCGACGCCACUUGGUCACCUUGUUUGAGUCUCGCGGUUUACGACAUUUCAGCUUCGAUAGCGAAUGGAUGAGCACGCUCAUUUGGUGCAGGCAACAUGUGUCCGACCAUAGCGCGUACUCCUAUCGGCAGUUCUUGCUGCGAAAGUACAUCCUGGCAGUGGUCUCCUCGGGUAGGGAGACGCACGACAACUCCGGUUAUCGCUCCAUCAGGUACGACGGCCCAUUCCUUUACAUGGGUCGUCACGAUCUCGACGACGACGAACGGACGUUGCUGGAACGUAUUCGCGAGGUUGCGCGUCUGGAGCGUGAUCACGGUUACUUGACCACCGAUGUCCGCAAACUCAGGUGUUAUCUAACGGCGUUGUCAUACUGGACGGAAGAGUGCUUGUAUAACGAACAGUACAUCACCUUGCACGACAAUCACGAGACGUUGUGGUGCCACCGCAGGUUCCUGGCGUACUUGAUCGCUGUUCUCACAGCCGCGUACGCGAAGCACGCCUGUUACCGCGAGGACGAUUUCUGGGACGCUCGGUGUCACGACGAGCCGUCACUUGCAUCGCUCCUUCGCGACAGACGAUUCACUACCGAUGACGACCUGUUAAUGGCGGCUCACGUGAUGCUCAUCAAGUCUUUUUGCUCGGUUAGUGUCGGUAUCAUUGAGAUAGCGGUCAAGCGCCCGCAGGAAAAAAUGUUCAUCGAGAGAUUUUGCAAGUAUCUUGAGAGAAUAGGCUUGCGAUGAUGAGGAUUAAUGUGUGAGAUUUUAAGCUUGAGGCGCGAUGAGCCGAUUACAGGAUUUUUCUUGUUAUCAGGGUGUGUAAAUAUGAAAGUAAUAAGCGUGCAGGCGAUCGUGCAUUGAUGCUCGCGCUAUAAUUUAUAUUAUAAAACAAUUUCUCUCUUUUUUUGUGAUUUCGUACCGUCUAAGUCACGUUAAGACGUAUUCGAUACGUACGAUGUUAU